CGGAUAUUGAGCGACGGACCCGGCUGUAAAUACGUCAGUAGGCCGCGACGGCGGUCUUCCUUUCUCUCGUUCUGAAGAUGGCGGCAGGGACUCUGUUCACGUACCCAGACAACUGGCGUGCCUUCAAGGCGCAGAUAGCAGCCCAGUACAGCGGUGCCCGGCUGAAGGUAGCUAACAACGCCCCUGCCUUCACCUUCGGACAGACGAACCGUACCCCGGCCUUCCUCAACAACUUCCCUCUGGGCAAGGUCCCGGCCUACCAGGGCGAUGACGGCUUCUGUCUGUUUGAGAGCAACGCCAUUGCCCACUUCCUGAGCAAUGAGGCCCUGCGUGGAGCCACUCCCCAGGCCGCGGCUCAAGUGCUGCAGUGGGUGAGCUUCGCUGACGCAGAGAUCGUCCCUCCGGCCAGCGCGUGGGUCUUCCCCACUCUGGGAAUCAUGCACUUCAACAAGCAGGCCACAGAGCAGGCCAAGGAGGAGACGAAGAAGGUGCUGUCAGUGUUGAACCAACACCUCAACACGCGUACCUUCCUGGUGGGCGAGAGGGUUAGCCUGGCUGACGUCAGUGUGGCAUGCGCCAUGCUCUGGCUGUACAAGCAGGUGCUGGAGCCCGCCUUCCGCCAGCCGUACCCCAACGUGACACGCUGGUUCACCACCUGCGUCAACCAGCCCCAGUUCAAGGCUGUGCUGGGCGAGGUCAAGCUCUGUGAGAAGAUGGCUCAGUUCGAUGCCAAGAAGUUUGCAGAGAUGCAGCCCAAGAAGGAGUCUGCUCCGGCCAAGAAGGAGAAGCCAGCGAAGGAGAACGCCAAGCCGCAGGAGAAGAAGAAGAAGGAGGAGAAGAAGGCGGCCCCCGCUGCCGACGAGGACAUGGACGAGUGUGAAGCCGCACUCGCCGCAGAGCCCAAGAGCAAGGACCCCUUCGCCCACCUCCCCAAAAGCUCGUUUGUGAUGGACGAGUGCAAGAGGAAGUACUCCAACGAGGACACCCUGACCGUCGCCCUACCCCACUUCUGGGAGAACUUCGACCCUGAGGGCUACUCCAUCUGGUACUGUGAGUACAAGUACCCCCAGGAGCUCACCCAGACCUUCAUGAGCUGCAACCUCAUCUCAGGAAUGUUCCAGCGUCUGGACCGGCUCAGGAAGAACGCCUUUGCCAGCGUUAUCCUGUUCGGCACCAACAACGACAGCUGCAUCUCAGGCAUCUGGGUGUUCAGAGGCCAGGAGCUAGUGUUCCCUCUCUCGGAGGACUGGCAGAUCGACUACGAGUCGUACAGCUGGCGCAAGCUUGACCCCAGCAGCGCCGAGUGCAAGACCAUGGUGAAGGAGUACCUGGCCUGGGAGGGCGAGUUCAAGCACGUGGGCAAGCCCUUCAAUGAGGGCAAGGUCUUCAAGUGAGAGGAGGGACAGUCGGCUGACGGAGCACUGGAACCCUAAAGGAAAACACGGACUUCAGUCACUUUGUACUUAUUAAACGGGAAGAAAAAGAAAUUGGAGCGUCGGCUUAAAGUAACGACAACUAAGAUCGAUUUGCGUUGCCCCCCCUCCCCGCUCAGUGGCUUUGAGUGAAUAAAGCAUUUUACCCCAAUUUCAUUUCUGGAAUUUAAUUUGUCUAUUUUGUUUUCAAUUUGACUUAAAGGUUUUUUUUUAUAUGUUUUCUCAGUUUAAAACCAUUCAUAUAAAGAGCUAGUUCAACUCUGUACAGGUUAUAAACGAUGAUAAGUAGAUCACUGGAUCUGCAGGCCAUGAUUAUCAGUUGGGCAAACCUUUUUUCUUUUGUAUAUUCCUCAAUAAAACCUUUGGCAAAUGGG